AUGGAAGCAUCCCCUCCCGCGGUCCCAGUCGAGAUGUCUGCUUUAAGUGCCAUUGGUGGCGACUCUCGAGCUGGAUAUGGCAAUGUUGAGGAUGGUGAUACGUCCGAAGAAUGGUUUUUUAGUCCGCCGGCAUUCGAUGCUGAGGAUGACAAGGACAUGGUUGUCAAAUACUUGUCCCGAAAGAAUUCAGGGAGAACCUGGGACUCGACUAUGACAUGUGGACUCAAGGCGAUGGAUCGCCGCCGCAGUUUCACGGUAGAGCCUACGCUCUACGAGAAACUCACGCUGAACAAGUUCGGCUAUGCAUUCAACAAUGCGUCCUGUGCAAUUGGUGGAGGGCUGUUCUUCAAGAUCAUCCCUCUGCAUUUCCACCAACCCCGCGUGCCCAUCGGGGUGCGAGUCGCGGAGCAGGGCAACUUGCUCCAGGAACGUGCGCUUCGGUUGCAAUCGCGAGGGUUUUUCCCGGGACUAUUUCCAUUCUAUCACCUCGAUGACGAGGAGUUGAGCUGGGAGUUUUUCGACCCCCCCGACUACGAGGAGUGGUCCAGCGAGUCGGACGAGAUCUGA